AUGAAUAAUCAGAAAAUAAUCAACAAUGUUUACAUUACAAAAAAAAGGAUUUCUGCUGGGUCCUUUGGUGUUGUCUAUUAAGGGUAAGAUAUUAAUACAAGAAAUCUUGUUGCCAUAAAGAUGGACAAAGAAAAUAAAGAAGACUCAAGCUUAUUAAGAGAAGUAUUAAGAUUAUCUAUUUUAGGCAGAAAUUUUAAAAAGGCUAUAACAUUUAUAACAUAUACCUAAAUUGUAUUGGGCUGGGAAAGAGCAGGAUUCCCAUGUUCUAGUGAUACAACAUUUAGGGAGAGAUUUAACUCAUUAUAUGAAGACUUUCCGGAAAUUCUCACUUAAAUGUGUCCUUAAUGUAGCUGAAUAGAUGAUCAAUAUAUUAGAAAAUUUGCAUAAGAAGUAUAUCAGUUACCUUAGUUUAGCAAAGUCUUGCACAGAGACAUAAAACCAGAAAAUGUCUUAGUUGGAAAGGAUGAUGAUGAAAACUAGUUGUACAUUGUAGACUUUGGCAUCAGUAAGUUCUUUAAAGAUGAAAAUGAAUCUCACAUGUAUCAAUUCAAUUCAAUCAAAUUUAGAUCCUUUAGAGAAAAAUAACCAUUCAUAGGGACAACUAGAUAUGCUAGCAUAAAUGCUCAUAAAGGCUAUUCCUUAAGCCGAAGGGAUGAUAUGGAGUCGUUAGGCUAUAUGCUGAUAUUUUUACUUAAAGGUACACAGAAUUAUUAAUGUAACAGGUUAGUUGCCAUGGCAAAAUAUAUAGUUCACUUCAGAAGAGAAUAAAAUUAAGUAAGUUGGCUAGAUGAAAAUGAAGAUGGAAGUGAGCGAGUUAUGCAAAGGUCUGCCAAUCGAAUUUGGAAGAUAUUUAGAUUAUGUUAGAGGGUUACCUUUUAAAUCCGAACCAAAUUAUAAAUACUGUUAAUCUUUGUUUAGAAAAAUAUAAAAUGAACACAAUUAUGUCCCAAAAGAAUUGGUGUUUGAUUGGAACAUAUCUUAAAAGGGAGAAAAGGAGGGACAAAGUACAAGUAGCAAUUUAUUCAACAGCAAACCAUCGAUGUAAUAUAGAUUGCAUUAUACUUUUAGAUUCAGAAAAACCAAAGAAGAUUUGUCAUCCAAUAAUAUUUUGGGAUCUUAAUUAAAUUAGUCUAUUGAAUAAGAGAUGAACUCCUUAUUAAGGACUCCUGAAUAGAAGAAAUCUACUUUGACUCCUGAAAUUCAUAGAAAAAAGAGUCGUAUAUAAUCAAUCAGCAGUUAUAAUGACACAAUAUCAGAUAUUGACUUCAAUAAUAGUGUUUUGUUGGGAAUCUAGCCUAGCAUUUUAAGUAGAUUGAGCAAGAUUUCGUUUAACUCAAUUUCUAGGGUAAGGAACAGUAAGUCUAAUAUUUGUUUGACUCCUGAGAUUAAAGCUCAUGAGAAGAUUUAACAAAUUCAACAUGAUCCAUAUUUAGAUAAAUUGACAGGAGUAAAGAAACGUAAAUCUUAGAUUAGUUAUUCAUCUCCUCAUUGUAAGAGAGAUGAUGAAACUAUUUUGGAGAGUGCAAAGAUGAAUGAGGUUGAGGAAGGGAUAGAAAGAAAAUACAUUGAACUUAAGCUUCGUUUUGUAAAUGCGUAUGUAAAUUUAUGUAAUUAAAUAGUCGUUUCAAAUUUUAGCCAAAUAAAAGUCUAAAGUGA